AUGCAAGCCAUGUCUCUCACAACGGCCAUGUCGCGCUCCUUGGGCCGUCUCUCUCGCCGCGCCCCGCCUCACUCUCUUCUUUCGGCGACCUCAACCCGCAACGCGAGCCGGCUACUCCUUAGUAGUCACGUUCCCCUAGCGCGCCUCUUCUCAUCCGCUCUUCCUCGCUAUGAGGCUAUCAAUGCGUCCGAACUCCAGUUCGGCCAGCCUCUCCACGAGACCCACCCCCACAUGGUGAAAGCCGGAGAGAUUACCCCUGGCAUUACAGCCCAAGAGUAUUACGACCGCCGGCUCAAGCUCUGCGAGCACCUCCCCAAAGGCUCAGUGGUGCUCGUGGAGGCCGCGACCCUGAAGUGGGCGUCUGGUUCCGUCUUUUAUCCCUUCCGGCAAGACUGCAACUUUCUCUACCUCACCGGGUUCCAGGAGGAUACCGCCGUCGCUGCCAUCCAGAAAGUUUCAGACCACCCUGACGAUGUCAUCUUCCACAUGUUUGUACAUGCGAAAACCCCGCCAUGGAACAGUGGGCCGGUCCUCGCUCGGGCCUCGCUCCCAGAGAUCCUAAAGCACGCGACUAAGGUCUACGCUGAUAUCCAGAAGCCUAAACCUGGAACUGAGGGAGGCAAGCUCUGGGAACUUCUACGCGAAGGCUCUCACAGCGAGACUUCGACACGGGCGUCCGGGAAAAUUGAACGUCUCUCGCCCUUUAUGGAUAACCUACGCAUGGUGAAGAGCAAGGCCGAAAUCGCCAAUAUGCGCCGAGCGGGCCGAAACGCCGGUCGCGCCAUCACGGAUCUCAUGCGCCGAGAGUGGAACUUUGAACAGGAUAUCGCUACCGCCCUAGAAUACGAUGUCAAGCGCUUCGGUUGCACCGGGCUGUCGUUUAUCCCUGUCAUAGCCGGCGGCAAGAAUGCCUUCGACAUCACUCGUGUCUGGCCCCAGCAAGGCAGGUUCUCCACGGCCCAAAAGGAUCUCUACGAGGCGCUCCUGAACGUCCAGAGGCGCUGCGUGGCCCUCUGCCGUGAGUCCGCCAACAACUCCCUCAACGACAUUCACCGGGAGGCUCGCUCCGGCCUCGCCGCCGAGCUGGAGAAGCUCGGCUUCUCAUCCGCCUUUGGGCACAUUGACAAACUCUUCAACCACCAUGUCGGCCACUACGUCGGCCUCGAUGUCCAUGACUGCGCCAGCAUCUCUAGGGGCAUACCUCUCCGCGCAGGCCAUUGCGUUACAAUUGAACCGGGUAUCUACGUACCACAUGACAGCCGGUAUCCUGCUCACUUCCACGGCAUGGGCAUGCGCAUCGAGGACUCGAUCGCGGUUGACACCGACUCGGCGAUCAAUCUUACCGCCGAAGCUGUGAAGGAGAUACCCGACAUCGAAGCCCUUCGCGUCUAA